AACAAAAUAUCACUCUCUGAGUAUAUUUGGGAGUGAGAGAAAAGCGAGAGUGCAGAAUUUUUCAACGCCUUCAUAAUCUUUGGUAUCAGUUCGUUUUGUCGGCUUGAAUCGUGUGGUUGGAAAAUCGGGAAAACGCCAUCACCUCAGGAAAACAACAACUGUUGCUUGUGCCAUAUUAUUGUUGGGAUGGUAAAUAAAAGAAGUUUUAGUAAAUGCCAAGAAUUUUCUCAUGUGAAUGGACAAAGUUUAUCAGAAAAAAUGUUUUACGUGACGAAAGUAAAACAGAAGGGCCAUUCGAAGCUGUGGUAGUGCUCAUCAUAGUCUUCAUGACACCAGAUGUUUUAGAUCGAAGUGGUUUACACGUGUAAAUAUAUUCUGUUGUAUAACACCGAGUGAUUGAACAAAUAAACUCAAGAUGUUGGGAAACGCUACAUGGAACGAAACAUUUGGCUCCUAUAAUGACUCGCUUCACUACUAUACCAAUGGCACCAACAUUGAGAAAGUUGUCUCCGUGAUGGUUCCUGUGUUUUUCGGAAUGAUCGGCUUAACAGGGCUCAUAGGAAAUGGACUCGUGGUACUAGUAGUCGCUGCAAAUCCAAAUAUGCGUUCGACAACAAAUUUGCUAAUUAUCAACUUGGCCGCAGCGGAUUUGUUGUUUGUCAUAUUCUGUGUACCAUUUACUGCAACGGAUUACAUACUACCCGAAUGGCCUUUUGGUGAAGUAUGGUGUAAAUUCGUCCAGUACAUGAUAGUUGUAACCGCCCAUGCAAGUGCGUAUACUUUAGUGUUGAUGUCCUUGGAUCGCUUUUUAGCCGUAGUGCAUCCAAUAACUAGCAUGUCCUUACGAACUGAACGAAAUGCUGUGAUAGCUAUAGCAGUCACGUGGUUUACCAUUCUAACCACAGCAAUUCCAGUGGCCCUUUCUCACGGAGUACUUUUCUAUCCGAAUAAGGGAAUUAAUUAUACUGCGUGUCUUUUUCUACAAACAGAAUAUAAUUUGAUUGCGUUUCACGUAUCGUUCUUCCUGUCGUCAUACGUUGUACCUUUGACGUUGAUAUCAAUGCUGUACAUCGGGAUGCUGGCGCGACUGUGGAAAUCGGGAGCCCCGGGAGGCCGAGUUUCAGCUGAAUCCAGACGAGGCAAAAAGCGAGUUACGAGGAUGGUUGUUGUGGUUGUUUUAGCGUUUGCUAUUUGCUGGUGCCCUAUUCAGGUCAUUCUUGUUUUGAAAUCCUUUGAAGUGUACGAGGUAACUCAUAGCAGCAUCAUCACGCAGAUAGUAGCGCACGUGCUAGCCUACACAAACUCCUGUAUCAAUCCCGUAUUAUACGCUUUUCUUUCAGAUAAUUUUCGGAAAGCAUUCCGCAAGGUGGUAUGGUGUGGAGCACCACCAUCAUCGUUGCUGAGAAUUCCACAAGGUCCCCGAACUGGAGAAACAAAAACCACACGCACCGGAAAUGGCACUUCAAAUGCGGAUGUUUUGUGAGUGGAGGUUGACGAUAGCAAAGUUGCUGAGAAAUACAUAGAAAUAACGAGUGUAUAAGAGAUGAUCAGCUCCAUUGCUAUGACAGACAUUGUCCAUAUAAAUCUUGAAUUUUUGCAUCAGAGCAAACCUUACCACCUCUCUAUCAUGGAUUAAAUUUCCAAUUUAUUGGGAAAUAUAAAUAGUCGAGCUUGAUAAUACGAGUCAGUUUCAAUUGGGUCCUAAAAUUAAGCUUAAAUGUGUGAUAUUAUUUAUCACAGAGAUAAAGCCUAUUUUUUAAGCACAAUAACCUUUUGUACGACCGCCAAGGAUUUAAAAUUGAUUUUUAAUUCAAUCAUUUCAUUUAAUUUAAUUUAAUCGUGCUUUCUACCUUUGUACAUAAAAAUUGACAAUAAGGCUUUGGGGCCUUAUUGAACGAUUUGACAAGGAACUGGAAAAAUCAUAAAUACAGGUGUUUUUAUUUACCGUUAUUUGGUAAAAAAAAGUGCAAUUCUAUAAUUAUCAGAGAAUCGUGCACAAUCCUUUACACAAAAAAAUAUUUCCGAAUGUUACAUGAUUUAUGAUGUUA